GCUGCUCAAUCUUCCACGCGCCCCGGCCGGCUCCUCUCCACAAGGCGCUUCGGACGCGGUUCGGACGCUCUUCGGACGCACUUCGGACUCACUUCGGACGUUCGGCACCUCGUCUCCGCCUUCGUCGCCGGAUGAUGCUGCAAAACUCUCGCCCGACGUUGGCCGACAUCAGCUGCUCGGCGCUGGUCCCGCGUUUGUCUCCGCCGGGCUCGCUGUCGCUGGACGACUUGAGCCACCUGACGCCCAGCGCCAACGACGACCUGGGCCUCGCCGUCCGGGCCGAGAGGCUCGGCGCCGACGUCAGCUCGGACGGCGCCAGCUCCUGCUCGGACCUCGGCACCGGAGGGAAGACACAGCUGUCGCAGACCGAAUUCGAAAGGAGGAAGCGACGGAGGGAGAACAACAAGGCCGCCGCCGCCAAAUGCCGCAAAAAGAAGAAGGACAGGACGGAAUAUUUGCUGCAAGAGUCGGAGAAGCUGGAGAGCGUCAACGUCAACCUGAAGGCUCAGAUCAAAGCUCUGAACCAGCAGAAGCAGCACCUGUCCUACAUGCUCAACCAGCACCGGCCCACCUGCAUCGUCCGGGCCCAGAACGGACGAACCCCCGACGAGGACACCAACCUCUUCGUGCGCCACCUACAGGAGAGCCAGGGCGCCAUCUGCGCCCAGACCGCCAUCUUUGCCCUCCAAGACGGCGCCGGCUCCAUCUUCGACGCCCCGGAACUGGACCCCGCAGGCGGGCUCCUGAGCCUGGACCACGUCCAGUGUUCGGUUUCCAUGUGACGGGACGCCGCACUGCUGAAUUCUGUGAAUUUUGACGGUUUUUUUGUUUUGUUUAACUUUCCAUGGGUAUUUAUGGGACUUCAUCAGGAAUUUAUGAAUCGAAUGUCGUCUCUUUAUAGGGAAAUUUUUUUACAUAAUCCUGAUUAAAAGAACCCGAUUGCAUGCAACUACGGUGGUACCGCAGUCUGCGAGGUGCCAGACAAAUUGAGGUACGAGCCUGUUAGCGGAAGCCCAUGAGGGCAUGGAGAGCUAAAUGUUGCCGGGUCACGUAUAAAAUAUAAUAAUUAUAUAUAUUGAUUCCCAGAAAAUAAAUUCAGGCAUCAUAGCAGGAAAAAAAUUUAAGUACACUCCUUCAGCACCUCAAUUCCCAUGGAAAGUUUCCCCAUUUAAAAAAAAAAAAAAAAAGAAAACAUUCAAAAUUAUUCAUCCCAACCUCCAUCCAUCUUGCCAUGGAAAAUUCUAGAAGCGCCACAAGAAAUGAAAUAUUUAUCUACGAGGUACUGAGGGUCUUCAGUGCUGCUAAGUGAGGCAAAUGGUGGCCCCGCCCCCCAACCCCUCACCCAACAAUCCAAAGCUGCUGAUUGGACGAAUUCAACGGCAUCACAAACUUGACUUUCAAUUGUUAUUGGUAUGGUUUUGAUGCCUUUUUUUUUUUUUUUUUUUAAGUUAUGUAGUGCCGUGUCCACUAAAUGGCACUUUUGACUGUUGUACCACUACUUCCUGUUCAGCGAUGCACAAAGAAGCUGAACGGGAAUUAAUUUUUUUAAUUGUUUAUUAUUUAAAAACAAACGGUUAACUCUCAAUACCGUCUGCUACUGAAAAUGCUGCUAAUUGCUAGUUGUAGCCACUCAGGACCUUACAAGUCGCGUCCCGAGUGUGUCGCAACGAUUCCGACACCGCAAAACUCGACGCAAGUGAUGUUGUCAUUCUAAUGUACGAGCUAAACGGCUACAUGUUGGUGUGUGUGU